GGGGCGGCCGGCAGCUGGCGCGGCGGCGGCGGCGAGGCCGGGAUGGGACGGGCGCUGGGACGCAGGAGCCGCGGAGGCGGUGGCGGCGGCGGCCGGGGCCACGCCACUCGGGCCAAGCGCAGGGCCGCCGGCGAGGGCGCGGGGCGCUGAGCCUGGACCCCGCUCUCCUCCGCGCCUGGCGCAGCCCAAGAAGCGCCGCCCGCCUGCGCCCGGGAAGAGCCAUGUCCGCAGCCCCGGCGUAGCCCCCCGGUCGCUCCCGGGAGCCGCGGGCCGGGCCGGGCCGGGCGCGCGACCGGAGCAGCGCCCCCCGCGCCCCCGCGCGCCGAGGACCAUGCCGCCCCCGGGCCGGGCGCCGCCGCUCGGGCUGCUGCUGGCGCUGACCGCGCUCCGGUGCCCAGGGACGGAGGGCCGCGGGGUGGCCAACAGCCUGCAGCGCUUCUCCUCGCUGCCCGCCUACCUCCCUGCCCGCGUCCAGCUGGCGGGCGCCGACCAGGCCUUCUUCCUCAAGGAGGCGCCCCAGGACGUGACGGGCAACGCCAGCCUGCAGGCGCGCGCGGAGCCCUUCUUCGUGUACCGCGCCCGCUCGGCCCCGGCCGUCAACGCCAGCUACGGCCCGUUCUCCGCGGAGCAGCCGGUGCCGCGGGAGCUGCUGCUGGCCGCCCCGGCCUUCCCCGGCCCCCCCGCCGGCUUCCCCUUGAACUGGAGGCUGCGGGCCCACGUCCUGGGCAGCGCCAUCUACUCCAACCGGCCCAAGGUGCAGACACUCUUCUACGUCACCGGCCGGGACUGGGGCGCCGGCGACCCCGGGGACACCCUGCCCUGCGUCAAGAUGUUCGCCUUCCCCGAGGCCCGGGAGGUGGCGGCCAGCUGCCGGCUGCGGGGGGCGCCCGGGCUGUGCGUGGCCGAGCUGGAGCUGCUGCCCGAGUGGUUCAGCUCGGGGCUGGACCUGGAGCCCGAGGAGGAGAUCCCGGCGCUGCUGGGAGGCACGGCCCUGGAGCUGUUCUUCACGCUCUACCCCGCCGACCCGGCCGGCCGCUGCCCCCUGGACGAGGAGGGCAAGUGGGCCAACCACAUCCACGCGGGCCCCGAGGCGCCCCCGCCCGCGCCGCCCGCCCGCCAGCGCAUCGGCAGCGUGGUGGUCUACCCGACCCAGGACGACCUGCGCUGGUCGCCGCUGCGCCUGGACCGGAACGUGGUCCUCUCCGUCCCGCUGAACCUGGUCCACGAGGGGGGCACGGCCACCUUCCUGGUCUCGCUGGCCGGCGGCGCCGUGGCCGACCACUUCACGCUCAGGAUCAAGGCAGCAGCAGGUGUGAAGAUCGUGGCCGUGAGGGUCAGCAGCGAGGAGCAGUGGGCCGUCCAGGAGGAAAUCGACAAUAGCGGCGCUCAGGCCACGGCUACCCUCACCUGUGCGGGCCCCCACCCGGACCCGCAGGGCAGGGUGAACGGCUCCCUCACGGAGAUCCUGCAGGUGGACCUGGGCGUGGACAACAGCAGUGGCCUGGCCGGCGCCCAGCCCGUCACGUGGCAGGUGGAGUACCCGGAGGAGGACGCGGCGGGCGAGCUCGUGGUCUCGGAGAUCUUCGUCAGCCAGACCAGCUUCGUGGGCAUCGUCCCCCUCGCGAUGGACACGGAGAUCCUGAACACGGCCAUCCUGACCGGCCAGGCCGUCUCGGUGCCCGUCAAGGUGGUGGCCGUGCAGGAGGACGGCUCCGUGGUGGCCGUGGCUGAGGCCCUGGAGUGCAGGUCCGCGGACGAGGACGUCGUGAAGGUCUCCGAGCGCUGCGACUCCGUGUUUGUGAACGGCAAGGAGAUGAGGGGCCGCGUGGACACGCCCGUGAGCUUCACCCACCAGCACUUCACCGCCCAGUUGGAGGUCACGGUCUGGGCGCCCCGGCUGCCCCUGCAGAUUGAGAUCUCGGACACGGAGCUGAGCCAGGUCAAGGGCUGGCGGGUCCCCGUGGCCCCCAACCGGAGGCCCACGCGGGAGAGCGAGGACGAGGAGGACGAGGAGAGGAAGGGGCGCGGGUGCUCGCUGCAGUACCAGCACGCCCUGGUGCGCGUCCUCACGCAGUUCGUGGCCGAGGCGCCCGACCCGGGCCGGCUGAGCCCCCUGCUGGGCCCCGACUGGCAGCUGGACAUCACGGACCUGGUGGCCGGCUUCCUGAAGGUGGAGGAGCCGCGGGUCGCGCAGCUGCAGGGCGGCCGGACGCUGGCGGGCCGCGAGCCAGGCAUCACCUCCGUGCAGGUCCUCUCGCCCCUGUCAGACUCCAUCCUGGCCGAGAAGACGGUGACGGUGCUGGAGGACCGCGUGGCCAUCGCUGACCUGGGUGUGCAGCUGGUGGCCGGGCUGUCGCUCUCCCUGCAGCCGCACCGGGACGACCGCCGAGCCAUCGUCGCCACGGUGACGGCGCAGGACGUCCUCCAGGCCCCCGGGCAGGAGGCGAUCGUCAGCGCGUGGGUCCUGUUCAGCGACGGCGCGGUGACCCCCCUGGACAUCUACGACCCCCAGGACUUCUCCGUGUCCGUCUCGUCGCUGGACGAGAUGGUGGCGUCCGUGCGGCCGAACCUGCAGCCCCAGUGGCCGGUGGUGGCGGCGGAGGGCGAGGGCCAGGGGCCCCUGGUCAAGCUGGAGAUGCUCAUCAGCGAGCCCUGCCAGAAGACCAAGAGGAAGAGCGUCCUGGCCGCCGGCAAGGGCCACGUCAAGGUCAGGUUCGACCCCCACGUGGACCGGGGCCACGGAGCCACCAACGACGACAUCGAGGGCGUGAGCCGGGAGUACCGGGACCCCCUGAGCAACUCCAUCCCGCGCGGGGGAGGCCGGGAGCGGGCGGCGCCGGGGUGGCCCCCCCACGGCGCCCCGGCCGGCCACCGGGACAGCGCCAACCGGAGCGCCACCCCGCCGCCGCCCCCCCUGGGGAGGAAGGACGCGAAGCGGCCCCCGGGCGGCGGUCCGGACGCCGUCACCAGCCUCCCCACGCAGGGGCGGUCGCAGGGGCCCAACCCCGCGGCCGGCGAGCUCACGGCGGCCUCCCGGGGGCUCACCGACCUGGAGAUCGGCAUGUACGCGCUGCUGGGCGUCUUCUGCCUGGCCAUCCUGGUCUUCCUGGUGAACUGCGUGGCCUUCGCCCUCCGGUACCGGCACAAGCGGUUCUCCGUGAGCGAGCAGGGCGCCCUCCCGCACUCCCACGACUGGGUGUGGCUGGGCCACGAGGUGGAGCUGCUGGAGAGCCCGGUGGACGUGACGCUGCCCUCGGAGGAGUGCGCCCCGGGGCUGGACCGGGGGCUGCCCUUCGAGGAGGGGAGCUUCCUCCUGAACGGGGGCUCCCAGGAGGCGCUCCCCAGCCAGCUGCUCCGGCCCCCCGAGUACGUCUUCGAGAAGGACCCGCGGCGCCCGCCCGCCACCCCCUCGGCCCCCAAGAGGAAGCGGGUCAAGUUCACGUCCUACACCACCAUCCUGCCCGAGGAGGGCGGCCCCUACACCGACUCCAUCCUGUUCCACGGCGAGGACAGCAUCAAGUGGGUGUGCCCGGACCUGGGGCGGGGGGACCCCCGGGACUUCCGGGACUACAUGGAGAGGCUGCGGGACCAGGUGUGAGCACAGCGUGUGCCUGCGGGCGUGGGAUUCACCUUUAUGCCUUCUGUUUUCCCGGUGGGGGGCAGGGCGGGCGGCGGGCGCACGGGGUGGGGCGGCGCGGUGUCUGCAGGGGGGCCCCCCCGGAGCAGGGCAGAGCGCGGAGAGUAGAGCCGCG